CAUAGUCGACCAUCUUGACGCGGCGUGUGUUUGUGCCUCACACAUGUACGCUAGCUCUUUAGCACUGGUGCUUGUAAACAUCUCGUCAGCUCCUGGGACUCGGUUUGACAAACUAUAAACGUUGUCCACUUAGUCAAAUCAAAAAGGGCCAACGUCUACAGAUCUACGUUGUUGUUGUUGUUUUUUCUACAAGCGGGGGGGCUUCCCCCCUUUGUUUCUCAUCGCCACCCACAUGACGAGCUGUUGAUCAGACGACAUGAAGGUGAACAAAACCACACAGGCCAAAGGCUCGGCCAAAUCUCAGAAGUGGAAGGACGUGAGGGCCAAACGAUGCAGGCCUCCCGUCAGGUCCUCGGAGCUCGACUCCGCUCCCGCUCCCGUCAUGGCCCGGAUGAUAAAAGAGCACCAGGCCGCCGCGAAGAAAAAACCCACCGUCAAGAGACUGCAGAUCAAGGCGAAGCCCGUCACCGACCCAAAGAAAAACACGCCACAGUCUCGACCGAAGAAACCUUACAGUCAGGCUAACGGAAGUGCAGCAUUGAGAAUGGACAAUGAGUCUGAGGACUCGCAGGAGUGGAAGGCGUAUUCCCAGUCCAUCCACGGGAACGGCGUGGAGACCUCGGCCGACGCUGAGGACGUCCGGCCAGGCAGACUGGAGGGAGAGGCGCUGCAUUACUGUACAGAGAGAGAUGAUCAGCAAAACCACGCCGUACUUGUCAUGCACAAGGACCAGACCCUGUGCUUCCGUGGGAAGUGCUCUCUGACCUGCCUGUACGGUCGGGUGGAGGUGAUGGGCUUCACCAUCGAAGAGGGCCAGCAGUCGUAUCCACUCUUCUCCCCGGCCUCACAUUGUCCGCUGACCAUUAGAGCCGUGGAGACCCCCGCUAACACCAGAGAUCACAAAUCGGCGGCUUCGCACAUCCUCCGAAAGUAUCUGUCAUCAGCAUCCCAGAAAAAGUUGCUCAAACGGGUAACGUCAAACUCGUCCGUCAUCCUCCUGGAGCCCAUGGAGACGCCUCUGACACGGUUUCUGUCCAGCUUCGCAGAGCUCAGUGAAUUGUUCAGCCCCCCGAUGAGUGAACUCGUCUCGGCUGUUCUCGACACUCCCCUCAACGGUCUGGGUGUGAUUCCUCUGGUCAGAGCCAUCGACGGCCUGAAAAUGUCAAAGAGCUACAGCGAUGCUCUGAACACGGUGGUCAGCGCCUGCAGAGGGGACAUGGAUGGUUGCGCCGUCAUCCUCGUGUGUGGCACCAAGAAUGUGGGCAAGUCGACAUUUAUCCGCACCCUCGUCAACACCUUACUGAAUCACACCACUUGUGUGGAUUAUUUGGAAUGUGACCUCGGUCAGACAGAGUUCACCCCGGCCGGUUGUCUGUCUUUGUCGGUCGUCAGAGAACCUCUUUUGGGUCCGCCGUUCACACAUCAGUGCACACCAGAGCACAUGAUCUACUACGGCCAGUCGUCAUGCGAGUCGGACUUGGACCGGUACCUGGAAUCCCUGAAGUCCCUGUGGCGUAGACGCUCCCCCAGCAGAGAGACUCCCGUCGUCAUCAACACCAUGGGCUGGGUCAAAGGAUUCGGGUUCCAGCUGCUCGUGGACAUGAUCCGCCUCUUCCCGGUCUCGCACGUCGUUCAGCUCGGCCACGGCGGCGUGACGCAGUGUCCCGCCCUCACGCCGGAGUUUCUGAGGACGGCGCACGGAUGUCAGACGCACCCGCCAGCCCAGACCGCUCUGGACGAGUUAACGGAGAGCCACACUCCGCCCAGAAGCUACGCUCACCUCAUUGUGCAAUCGGAGUUUCAAGGAGUGGCCCGUCAAGGGACAGCGAAACACCAGCGCAGUAAUGAGCAGAGAGAACUGUCGCUGUUGGCCUACCUGAGUCAGCUGCAGUCACCUGAUCCUGGACCAGUUAGACCUCUACACACCCUCACCCCGUACCAGGUGCCCCACUCGGCCGUGGCCUUGGGUGUGAGCCACUGCGAGGUGAUGCCCAGUCACAUGUUCUACGCUGCCAACGCCGCUCUGGUGGGGCUCUGCUGCCUGGGGGAGAAGAUAACCAGCAGAGGAGGCCCAGUCCUGCUGACCCAGGGUCCCAUCUGUCCGUGUGUGGGCUUCGGCGUGCUCCGAGGUAUUGACAUGGCACGAGGUCUGUACUUCCUGCUGACGCCCGUGGAUCCGUCCAUCCUCCGUAAGGUCAACUGUCUCCUCCUGGGAGCCGUGUCGCUGCCUUCCUGCAUCCUCAGCACGCAGCCUGGCUUUGAGGGCGAGAUGCCCUACGUCACCUCAGACUACAGUUUUGACCUCACCGGUGCAGGGAAGCUGCGAGUCUUCAAGGGGCUGACGCGACCCAGUCAAAUAGCGAUGCAGUGACUUUUUUCCAACAAAAGCACCAGCUCCAUUGCGCUUUUUACCUUCUCGGCUGUUGUCGUACACCAAACCAGUCGGCGCCGGCCUUCCAUCGCACAGAACUGAGGUUGAGUCGGGACAAAUUUUUUUCUUGUCUUUUGUCUCUCAUUUCAAGAUUCACGGCUGCCAGGAAUACAGACUCCUCCGCAGGCCAAGAUGGCAGCCUCUCCUGCUGCUGGACGCCAUGAAGGCGUUUUCGAGUGUCUGGGUUGUUCCGUCACACGAACACUAAUAUCACACCUUGUUAGUGAAAGCUCUUAUUUGAUGUCUCUUUCUUGUAGGCGACAUUCCAAACGUGAAUACAAAACAUCAACCUGCCAGACAUUAAAUGAAAAAACAA